AUGACUACUAGAAAUAGUCUGAUAUCACAUACUAUAUCAAAUGAAGAACCUACAGAAACGCCAGAUGAAAGACAAAAGAGAUUCCUUUUAGAAGUUGAUGCUAAACACGCAUAUGCUAAUGACAAGGAUGAUGCAACCAAAAGAUUCCAGUACUUGCUUGGAUUGAGUGCUAUAUUUAGAAAGUUUAUUGAUCUAAAUGCAUCAAAAGAUCCAGAGUUUAAGAAAAGAGUUAGAGAAAUCGAUAGUAAACUGUCAUUUAAAGAAUCAACCAAAAAGAAGAAAAAGACAAAUAGCAGACGUCGGAAAACUGAAAAGGAGGAAGAUGCAGAGUUGCUACAAGAUGAAGAACAUCAGGAUGAUGAAGAAAAUCAACAUACCGUGUUUACAGAAUCACCAUCAUAUGUCAAAGAAGGUACAUUGAGAGAAUACCAAAUACAAGGUUUAAACUGGUUAAUAUCACUAUACGAGAAUAGAUUAAGUGGAAUUUUGGCUGAUGAAAUGGGGUUGGGUAAGACAUUACAAACGAUUUCAUUUUUGGGAUAUCUUCGAUAUGUCAAGCACAUUGAUGGACCAUUUAUUAUCAUUGUACCCAAAUCAACAUUGGACAAUUGGAGAAGAGAGUUUGCCAAAUGGACGCCAGACGUCAAUGUUGUUGUUUUACAAGGAGACAAAGAAUUGAGAGCAAAUAUCAUCAAGGAUAGAUUGUACACUGCUGAUUUUGAUGUAUUGAUUACUUCAUUUGAAAUGGUUUUAAGAGAAAAAAGUGCACUCAAGAAAUUCAAAUGGGAAUACAUUGUUGUUGAUGAAGCGCAUCGUAUCAAGAAUGAACAAAGCUCUCUUUCACAGAUCAUUCGGUUGUUCUACUCCAGAAAUAGACUAUUGAUCACGGGUACUCCUUUACAAAAUAACCUUCAUGAACUUUGGGCAUUACUCAAUUUCCUACUACCCGAUGUGUUUGGAGACUCUGAACAAUUUGACGAUACAUUUGAUCAACAAAAUAACGACCUAGAUGAGAAGGCAAAAGCUGAAGAGCAAGACAAAGUUAUUCAAGAAUUGCAUCAAUUAUUGAGUCCCUUUUUACUUCGUCGUGUCAAAUCAGAUGUGGAAAAAUCAUUAUUACCGAAAAUCGAAACUAAUGUAUACACUGGUAUGACGGAUAUGCAAGUAUCUUGGUACAAAAACUUGUUGGAAAAGGAUAUAGAUGCAGUUAAUGGAGUUGUUGGUAAAAGAGAGGGGAAAACAAGACUUUUAAACAUUGUUAUGCAAUUGAGAAAAUGUUGUAACCAUCCAUAUUUGUUUGAUGGAGCCGAACCUGGUCCUCCAUACACCACCGAUGAGCAUUUGAUUUACAACUCAGGGAAAAUGAUUAUUUUGGACAAGAUGUUGAAGAAAUUUAAACAAGAAGGCAGUCGUGUAUUGAUUUUUUCACAAAUGUCUCGAGUUUUGGAUAUACUUGAGGAUUAUUGUUAUUUUCGAGAAUACGAAUAUUGUCGUAUUGAUGGGUCAACUGCUCACGAAGACCGUAUUGAGGCAAUUGACGAAUACAAUGCACCUGAUUCUGACAAGUUUAUCUUUUUAUUGACAACUAGAGCUGGUGGGUUGGGUAUCAAUUUGACUUCGGCUGAUGUUGUUAUUCUUUAUGAUUCUGAUUGGAACCCACAAGCUGAUCUUCAAGCCAUGGAUAGAGCUCAUAGAAUUGGACAAAAGAAGCAAGUUAAAGUGUAUCGAUUUGUUACUGAAAAUGCCAUUGAGGAAAAAGUGUUGGAACGAGCAGCACAAAAAUUGCGAUUGGAUCAAUUGGUUAUACAACAAGGAAGACAAGCCAAUGCCGGAACUAAUGUCGGUAGUUCAAAAGAUGAUCUUAUCGAAAUGAUUCAGCAUGGUGCACAAAAAGUUUUUGAGGAACAAAAGAGUACUGUUGUUGAUGAUGAUAUUGAAUCGAUUUUGGCUAGAGGUGCAGAAAAGACCAAAAUGAUGAAUGAGAAAUUUAACAAGUUGGGAUUGGAAGAUUUACAAAAUUUCACAUCUGAUGGGUCAGCUUAUCAAUGGAAUGGACAAGAUUUCACCAAGAAGGAAAACUCGGGAAACCUCGGAUUCAAUUGGAUCAAUCCAUCAAAGAGGGUGAGAAAAGAACAAACUUAUUCCGUUGACAAUUAUUACAAAGAUGUAUUGAAACAACCAAUCACCGUAAAGGAAAAGCCACAAAAGCAAACCAUCAUCAAACCAAAAGCUCCCAAGGCCUACACUUUUCAGGAUCAUCAGUUUGUACCUGCUGGACUAGAAGAGUUGUUGGAACGAGAACAACUCAAUUUCAAAAAAGAGACCAAUUUCCAAUAUACUGUUGAUGAUUUUGGUGAUUCUGAUGAAGAGUUUCUCGUUGAUGAGGACAAAGAUGAGCUAAGUCGUGAAGACAAGUGUAAAAUAGAACAAGAAAAAAUCAACAAUGUUGAACCAUUGACCGAGGAAGAAAUCAAUCUCAAGGAUAAAUUAUUAAAUGAAAGUUUCCAUACUUGGUCACGACGCGAUUUCACAAAUUUCAUUCACGCAACCGCAAAAUACGGACGUGAUGCAUACGCUCAAAUCGCCAAGGCCAUGGGCAACAAGACUAAAACUGAAAUCAAACGAUAUGCCACCAAAUUUUGGAACUCAUACACUCAAAUUGAUGGAUACGAAAAAUACAUUUCUCAAAUUGAAGCUCAGGAGAAAAAACGUGAGAAAUUGCUCAAUCAACAACGAUUACUCGCAGCCAAGAUUGAAAAUUUGAUUGAUCCUUGGGAAGAUUUACCCAUUGUUUACCCGCCAAACAAUUCGAAACGAAUUUAUUCCAAAACUGAAGACAAGUUUUUACUCAAUUGCGUUUACAAAUUCGGUAUAAAUGAUGAACGAUUAAAUGACAAGAUUAAACAUGAGAUUGCCAACUCGGAUGUUUUUAAAUUUGAUUGGUUUAUUCAAUCGCGUACAAGUCAGGAGAUUGGCCGGAGGGUUAAUACCUUGCUUUUGGCAAUAACACGGGAGAUGGAACGGCCGGCCAUGAUGAAUAGCUCCACCAAGAGGCGGAAAUUGAUGAAUGGUGCUGCUAGUGGUGGUGGUGGUGGUGGUUCAUCGAAUGCUAGUUCGAGAGUGGGGUCAGUUGAACCUAGUGUGGGGCCAAUGUCUGACAAGGCGAUGCUGGAAACGCCAGCAAAGUAA